AUGGCCAGUGCUGACACCCAUGUCCCUGACCCUGCCUGGAUCCUAGAGAUCCCCAAAUCCUGCUGCCGGCAGCAUCUAGUUCCCCAAGGCGACCUCACGCCCUGCAGCGGGGUCUCCCCAUCUUUGCCCCCAUCCCCCUCUGAUCCUCCCUGCUGUGCCCCAGCCCAGAAAGCCAACCCCUUCUACGAGGAGUGGUGGUUCCUGGUGGUCAUUGCGCUGGUGGGGCUCAUCUUCAUCCUCCUGCUCGUCUUUGUGCUCAUCAUCCGUGGGCAGAGCAAGAAGUAUGCCAAGAAGUCGGACUCAGGGAAUGGCUCCAAGGCGACCGCCCUGAGCCACGGCGAGAUGGUGAGCCUGGAUGAGGGCAGCUUCCCUGCGCUGGAGCUCAACAACCGGCGCCUCUCCGUCAAGAAUUCCUUCUGCCGGAAGAAUGGCAUCUACACCCG